AUGGCUGGCCCCGUAGAACAGCAGAUCCAUCGGGAUCCUGCUCUCUUCUACUGGAUUCUCCUACCCAUCACCGUAGUCAUGAUUCUGACCGGCAUCCUGCGCCACUACCUCUCGACGCUCCUACAGACCACGCCAAAGAAGCAAGCCCUGGCUAAGAUCCGCGAACAGCGCUCGCUCAUGCGCGCCCAAGCCCUCCGCGCAAACCACCAACAGAUUUCGAAACCAGCCUUCGAGCGCCGGAAAGAUUUCUUCAUAGGCGGUGUGAAAGAUGGCAGAUUCCUCGCAGACCUGGAGAAUAGAGGGAAGGCAAAGCCAAACCCUAUGAGUGAUCCGGCUAUGAUGGAGGGCAUGAUGGGCAUGAUGAAGGGGAAUGUUGCCAUGAUGGUGCCGCAGAGCUUGAUCAUGGGCUGGAUUAAUGCUUUCUUCUCUGGCUAUGUCAUCAUGAAACUGCCGUUCCCACUCACGCCGCAGUUCAAGCAAAUGCUACAGGCAGGAGUCGGCACAAGAGAUCUGGAUGUGCGGUGGGUGUCCAGCUUGAGCUGGUACUUCCUGACUCUGUUCGGGCUGCAACCAGUGUACAACUUCAUCCUUGGCAACAAUAAUGCUGCCAAUAUGGCUACACAACAGAUGGCACAAGCUCAAAUGGGACAGAAUCCCAUGGGUGGCCAGGAAGACCCGGAUAAGAUCUUCCAGAAUGAGAUCGAGAACCUAGAAGUCAUCGAACACCGGUACAUUCUCGAUGGCAUAGAAGAUAGAUUGCUGGCCAAGCUCGGCGCAUAA